GCCACGAUGAGCUUCAGUGGCAUGCUCUCGCCCGAGGCGCGGCGCCAGCUCACUAACGCAGCGUACGGCCAGGUCAUCUCGCUCCUUCUCGUCAUCACGUCCGUGUUUACGCGGUACCUGAACGAUGCCAACGCGUCGCUCCCGACGUUCCAGACGCUCUUCCUCUACGGUGGCCUCACGGUCACAUACCUUGUCUACCACGUCGUGGCCAAGCGCCCGCGCGUGGACCUGCCGUGGUGGUACUGGGCGAUCCUCGGCCUCGUCGACGUCGAAGGCAACUACUGCGUCGUCCUCGCCUUCCGCGGCCUCUCCAACUUUGCGGUCAUGGGCCUCGUCGUGCACAUGACGAUUCCGUUUGUGACGAUCUUGAGUUUCCUCUUCCUCCGCCGCAAGUACCUCCCUGUCCACAUCAUUGGCUGCAUCCUCGCCAUUGCCGGCUGCACGCUCAUCUUCCUCGCGACGACGCAGGACGGCGAAUACCCGGACCAGGUCAAGAGCAACUUGUAUGCGCUGCUCGGCUCGCUCGGCUACGCGGUCUCCAACCUCCUCAACGAGUAUGCGGUCAAGAAGGGCGGCAUUGACGCCAACAUUGAGUGCCUCGGCAUGAUUGGUAUCUGGGGCCUCGUCAUCUCCAUCAUCCAGUUUUACUGCCUCGAGUACGACCAGUUCAAGGCCGUCGAGUGGGACGGCGCCACGAUCGGCUACACCUUUGGCUACGUCCUCACCAUGUAUGUCUUUUACACUGUCGUCUCGGUCUUCCUCCGCGUCACGGAGGCGCUCAUGUUCAACCUCUCGAUGCUCACGUCCGACUUGUACGCGGCGCUCCUCAUUCGCUGGAUCUUUGGCAACAUCGUCCCGACCUUGUACUGGCCCGCGUGGGGGCUCGAGGUCGUCGGUAUCGUCCUCUACUCGCUCCGCGAGCCGAUCCAGCUCCGCCGCGACGACCCCAACUGGUGGCUUAACAAGGUCUGGAACGCGAUUGCAAUCCGCCUCGGCCUCCCCAUCAAGAUGCCGGUCGAUUCGCCCGCCCUGUACAUCGACACGCCGACCAAGAAGGACAGCUACGUCGAGCAGCUCGCAUGAUGGAAUGGAAUAAGAUCAACAACUUAGCUGUCUGUAGUCACCUCUGUUUUCCCCCACUUCAGUAAGGUUGUUCGCC